GUCACCGCGGCCCGCGCGUGCGCAGUGGCGCUCCCCUCUCGGCCUCGCCGUCGCUGCCCGGGCUCUUGGCGGCCGCCCUGAAUGAUCCGGCCCGGCAUCCCCCGCGCGCCGCUCGGCCGGGGCCUCGUCUUCCGCCGCCGCCGCCGCCGCCGCCAUGGCCUUCACGUUCGCCGCCUUCUGCUACAUGCUGGCGCUGCUCCUCACCGCCGCGCUCAUCUUCUUCGCCAUCUGGCAUGUGAGUGGACGGGGGGGGGAGGGGGCUGUGGAGGUGGGGGGUGGGCUCCGUGGGGAGAGAGGGGGGCUGUGUGAGGGGGCAGCCAUGGGGGGAAAGGGGGCUGGGGUUCUUUCCAUGAGGGGUCCAUGGGAUGAGGGGGCUCAUGAGGGGAGGGAGGGGGCUGUGUUAGAGGGCAGCCAUGGGGAAUGGGAGGCUGGGGUGGUUGCAUGGGGGUCUAUGGUUCUAGGGGGCAGGGAAAUGGGGCUGUGGAGGUCCGUGGGGAGAGAGGGGGGCUGUGUGAGGGGGCAGCCAUGGGGAAUGGGAGGCUGGGGUGGUUGCAUGGGGGUCUAUGGUUCUAGGGGGCAGGGAAAUGGGGCUGUGAAGGUUAGGGGGGUCCGUAGGGAGAGAGGGGGGCUGUGUUGGGGCAGCCAGGGGGGUGUUUGCAUGGGGAGGUCUAUGGGUCGAGGGGGCAGGGAAAUGGGGCUGUGGAGGUUAGGGAAGUCGGGGAGGGGUCCGUGGGGAGAGAGGGGGGGCUCCUCAUGAGGGGGCUGUAUUAGGGGGCAGCCAUGGGGGGAAAGGGGGCUGGGGUUUUUUGCAUGAGGGGUCCAUGGGGUGAGGGGGACUCCUCAUGCAAGCAGGGAAAUGGGGCUGUGAAGGUUAGGGAUAGAGCUUGGUGUGUGUUGGGGAGAAGUAAACGGGUCUAUGAUCCAUGGGGUGAGGGAGACAUGGAGGGGGCGCAGCUUGGGUUUAGGGGUGAAGUGGGAAGGAGGAUCUUUGCAUUAGUGGUUGACCCAUGGCAUUGCAUAGGCAAUCCGUGGGGCUUAGCAGGGGAGAGCUCUCUCUGUGGGUGGGUGUUUUUGGGGAAAAUAGGUGCUCCUCCCGGGGAGGGAGAAGGCAAGCGCACUUAUAAGUGGUAUGUAUUUGGGGGGUGAGGAGAUAAGAGUGGGGAAAGUGGGGUGCGUGGGUGAUUGCAUGAACUUAUGAAGUGAUUUCAGGGGGGUUCUGGGUGGGGAGAGAGUCCAAGAGAUGGAUGCAUAUUUGGUGGGAGGCGGGGGGAAUAGGACCUGUUCGCAGGUGGUAAAGGAAGGAGUUGUUGUGGGGCACUGAAGUGCUGGGUUCUAGGUAUUUGGGUCAACCAGAAGUUGCCAAACCAGAAUCUUGUGGCAUUUUGCUGUUCUAUUUCUCUCCUAAUACUCCAGCCCUGGGGCCAAUUAAUGUGACUUUGCCCAGGUAUUAGCAAAAGGGAGAUGGCGAGCAUUUUUGUUGCCCAUCAGAAGUGGUUGGAGCCUGAUAGAACAAAGGGCACUUUCCUCCCAGACCUCCUCUCCCCUCCCUUCUUCCAGUUACUACCAACUUCUUAACUUGACACGACUGCAAAAUCUGCUUCCCUUCAGCAAAUGUUUGGCUGGGGUUACUCUGUGCAGAACUGGGAAGCGUCAACUAAGUAGCAUCAGGAUAAAAUGUGUCCAUGUGGCUGGGUCAUGGAAGUGCUACGAAAUAGCCGUACUGUUUUUAGCAAUCUUUUGCCUAUAGAAUAGAUGUCAUCAUAUUUCACUGGACUAGCUAAUUGUGUCAAGGAGCGUUGCCUGCUUCCAAGUUAAAGGAGAGCUUGUGCUUUCCCUCUCCUCAUUAGCCCCAGAAACCGGAUGAAGAAACCUGUCAAAUGAGCUGUCUUGCGCAGGUCAGGGAGUGUUUUUGUGGCGACAGGAAAUGUCUUUUGAGUUCUUUCACAUUGUGUCCAGACUCUGCCUAGCUGUUCCAUACAUUUUAAGAGACUAGCUGGCUGGGAUCUAACCCUUGGGAGGGUUUCCUCUGAACUUGAAACUAGGAUUUUGUCUCUUCAGGGCGUGGUGCUUUUGAACAGGGCUACACAUUCCUUUUGAGCUGUUCUCACCCUACUGUCCAACUGUUCUAAUUUUAUUUUAGAUUAUAGCUUUUGAUGAGCUGAAGACUGACUACAAGAAUCCCAUAGACCAGUGUAAUACACUCAACCCUGUAAGUUUACGUGAGAGAGAUCUCUUUGCAUUCAUUCUUAGCCAGGUUUUUGGUAAUUAAUAUUGACUUACGAUGCAUUAGUAAAAUGUUACUUGAUAAUAUGUAAUAGAUCUAAGAUUUCUUGGCAGAUUUCUUUCUCUUUUCCUGUAAGCUUGAAGUUCUGACUUGCUUGUCUGCUGGUGAUCUUGUCAGCUGUCAUACUAACAUUCUUUCAAUUUGCUUUUUACAUUUUCGGUACAAAGACAGUUGAAAAGGUUAAAAAGAUUAAGAGAGUCAAAAUUGCAUUAAAGGUGUGUACUGCUUUUUAGUUUAAUGUUUUAAUGCCACUCUCUACUUUUCAUUUUGUUAGGAACAUCUGUAUUAUUUCUGUUGACUUCUUUUUGUUCGGUGUGCUUGCUCAUUUGCCUGUCUUUUGUCUAUUCAGGGGUUGUAAUAACUUCAUGGACUUUGUGCGUUGUGAGUUGGCUUGCUUAAUAAGAGAUGGGGAAAACUGUUACAUGCUUAAAUUCUUCUAUAACUAAGCCAGUCUGGCAAGAAUCCAAUAGAUUUGACACUUGUUGUUUAACGAGGAAAAUGCCAGGUUUCCCCUCAACCAGAGUUUGCAAAUCUGGUUCAAAACAUGGCUUCAAACUCUGGUUCUGAUGUGAACCCUGUUUUAGUGUUGGUGCAGAUCACAAAACCAUAAUUAUGGGAAUUCAUGUUGGGGAGUCGGGGGACUGGAAUACAGGAGUGUGCUAUUCCAAGUCUGGCCCCUUGAUAUAUUUUUUUAAAUACAUGGGGUUGUGUCCAGUGCCAGUACUCUUCAGAGUAAACCCACUGAAAUUAAGACAAGACUAAUUUAUGUCUAUUAAGCUCAGUGGGUGUCCUCUCAGUUGGGCUUGCAUCGGAUACAGCCCAGGGUUUGUAGGUAGCUGCUGUUACAUUUGCACCUUAGUGAGAGGCGUAGUCUAUGUUCUUUAAAAGAUUUUCAGUUUAAACCAGAGCUGGAUAACCUGCAGUCUGUGGACUCCUAAUUUGAGGUGGCCCUUCCUGGUGGGGGAUUUAAUCCCUACAUUUUGUGAUUUAGGAAAAAUUGUUGCCACAGCCUCAGGAGAUGUUACUGACACUGCUGUUAGCUGUUGGAACAGGUUGCACUGUUUAAAUAGAGAGCAAAAGAUGGCAGACACUCAUUUUAUAUAUGUAGCAUUUCAACUGUACAUGUACUUGCUUAGCAGAUUGGAGAGCUAAAAUAAAUGAAACAACUUCUCAGGUGUUAACCUCUGCCUUCACUCAAAGUGUUUCCCUUUUGCCUUCAGCUACUCCAUUAAUCAGGGUGCUUGAGAAAGUUGGGGGGAAACAAAAUUCAGCGAGAGCCGAAAUUGAGAAUCUCUGGUCCUCCAGAUGUGUUUGGGCUCCAUCUCCUAUCAGCCCCAGUCAGAAUGGCCAUUGGGCAGGGAUCCUGAUGUGAGCUGAAGCCAAGCAGCACCUGGAGGGCAAUGGGGUUUUACACCUCCAGCUAGAAGAUUUUUCAGUAUUGCCCUGCUAGCUUUGAGCCAGUGGGUGUCAGUGCUGAACGUAAACCGAUCAGCUAGAAGCAGGUUAUGGGCUAUAUGGGUACAACUGCUAGAAGCUGCUUCCACAAAGCAGAUACGUGGAAUUGAGAGAAUGUCGCAAGCUUGGAUAGUGGUUGCGCAUGGAACAGUUUACCCUGCUCGGUCAUCUCUCAUUUGAUAUGGGAGGGUGAGAAAAUGUUCACUACAUGUAUGCAUUCCCUUAUCACAGACUUUUAAUCAAAAAGAUUCUACCAUAUGCAUGUUGGACAACUAUGUUUUAAAUAUACAGGUGAGAGUCUGCAGACUUUCUCGUGACUAAAGAGCGUACUUAUAAAUGCUUUCCUCCCAAUAGGGAUGCAAUAGGUUUAAAAGAAGUGCAGGACUCUUAAAAGCAGGAUUAACGUGCAAGAUUAGGAAAUGGCCAGCAAGUUGACAAUAAUUUUAGCCACAAGCUGGUCUAGUUUUUAAUGCUUUGUGGCUGAAUGCUUGUAAUAACUUUCGUGUUUAGGUCUCCUAUUGCUUAGCAGACGCACAGCUGGAAUCUCAACCUGUAUUUGGGGACAUGCAGAUUUGAAUAGUCUGUGUUAACUGCAGUGCUUCCUCCUUUCAUACUGGAUACAACAAUGACUGCAAGUUCAGACAGAGUGAGGAAUAUCAGAUCAACAGCAGUUUCUGUUACCAUCUGUGGUUGAUGGUUUCCAGUUUUUCUUGGCUACAAACUGCUGUCUAUGAUAACAGGCUCCCAUAUAAACAGGGUACACUGUCUUCGUAGGUUUUCACUGGAAAGCAUGAUGGUUAAGAAGUGAAUAUAUUAGAAAUGUAAAUUGCUUUUCGUAGAACGUAAGAAAUGGGCUCCUGUUAAGUUGAUUCUAGGCACUGUUUGUUCCCUUCUGCACAGCAGGAUUUGUGCUGUUUAUAUUUGUGUACAUUGUUUAUGUUAGAGUAUUGGUCCUAUCUCUGCACAAUUAUUUGUAAAGGAAAAAAAAUGCUUUUUAAAGAAAACAUUUGGUUUAUAACAUACACAGCAUUUUAGAGUUCCAGGAUUUAGACAACCAGUAAUACACAGCUUCACCUGAAUAGUUUGGGACAUCCAAAAUUUGUAGAAAUGGAGCAAUAGAAGGUUAGCAAGGAACUGUGCAGUUGUUGAGUCUUGGUUUGAAUACAGAAAUUCUCAGGAUUUUAUGUAAGUUUCUAGUCUUGAUAAUUUGUAGAUGUAACUGAGUGAACCUGAAAGUGAAAUUUUCUAAAACCACAGAGUGCAGAAAACAAACAGAGUUCAGAAUUGCUUUGAAAUCUGCUAAAUUGAUUUUGAAGGGAGAAGUUCAUUGAUGGAUUUCAAGGAAAUAAAACUUAGUUGAGUGAGUAUCCACCUUACUUGAUUAAACAAUGCAGUGGGCAAGACCAGAGAUCUCUGUGUCCACCCCAAAUAAAAUAUAAAAGAAAUACCAAACAUCCUCCUCUUUUGCUGUAUGUGUAGACUUGCACAGUUUCCACCAUUUCCAACAAUUGGGUUGAUGGGAGUUAUCUCAAACAGUUGGAGGGCACCUGGUUAGGUAGCUGAAAUCCCACCUGUAAAUUGUGGUUUGGAUGUAGCUCACUGUAAGCAGAAAUCGUUUGGAGGGUUGCUGUAAGGCCAUCUGCCAGUCUAAUAUGAAGACAGAUGGGCAUUGCCUAUGGAAAAUCUAACUUUCCCUGGGAUGUAAGUUGUAAAAUGGAAGAUAUAUACGAGUCCUCAGUUUGAGUGAUGACCCUCUCCAAAAUGUGCAAACUUGCCUUUUUUAUUCUCAUACCGCAGAUUGUAUAAAUGGUAUUCAAUGUGAGCAGUGGCCAGUUUUAUGCAAAUUGUACUAAGUAUUGUUUGCACGUUUUACACACUCAUGACACAGUACGUUGAAACUAUUAUGUUGGCUUCUCUUGUCUAAUGCUGGCUUUGCUUAUUGCCCCUUACUCUUUCUUUUGACGCAGUACACCCCCUGUCACUGUAACGCAAGUAAAAUACACUAAAUGUGGAAGCAGAACUGCCUUGACUUGUGUGUCUUCCUUUGCAGCUUGUGCUUCCGGAGUACCUCAUCCACGCUUUCUUCUGUGUUAUGUUUCUGUGUGCAACAGAAUGGCUCACGCUGGGUCUCAAUAUGCCGUUGUUGGCUUACCAUAUUUGGAGGUAAUGCUGGGCAUGGUUCAGUCUCAAUUUAUUCAUGGAAACGCACUUCUUACUGUACGGUUUGAUGUAGACUUCCUGUGGAAAUUAAGCCUGCGGAGGAAUUGGGUUAACGAUGCAGCUGACGCCUUUUUCACGUAGGAUUGUCGAAGAAUGAAUAAUACAACAGCCAAAGCUGUUCAGUGUGUAUGUUGCACAUCGAUUGGGCUCUGGAAGUCUUGGCCUUAAUCUAAAGCAAAACAAGUUUCCACUUCUUAUUGUUGGGAGAGAGGAAAUCAGAAAAAGAGGCAAGCUUGGAUCUAAAUUAAAUCUUCAGUGUCCUACAUGGUUCUCUGCCAUUUCCAUGACUUCCGUUUGCAAAGUAGAGGGAGAUUCAUUUUUCUGAUACUUAAAGCACAUGGGUAAGGCCUUAACUUAAGAAGAUAAACUUUGUAGUUCUGCCUUGAGCCUGCUUUCGCCUAUAUAAAUGGGCAAAGUGCAGUCCAAGAAUUUGUCUAGUCCAGUGCUCUGUCUGCAACGGUAGGCAGUUGGAUGCAGAGUAGGAUGGAGAUCCCUACUAUCUAGUAAUCAUAGGUAUGUUGUACUUAGCUGUUGCGGAUGAAUGCAGUGUACAGUCAUACCUUGGGUUGAAUAUGCUUCAUGUUGAGCACGUUCAAGUUGCGCUCUGCGGCAACCCGGAAGUAACGGAGCGCGUUACUUCUGGGUUUCGCCGCUCGCGCAUGCGCAGAUGCUCAAAAUGAUGCCAUGCGCAGAAGCGGCGAAAAGCAGCGCGCGCAUGCGCAGACGUGCCGUCGCUAGUUCUGUUUGCUUCUGGAUGCGAACGGGGCUCCAGAACGGAUCCCGUUCACAUCUCGAGGUACCACUGUAUAUACUGUUAGUAUCCUGCUUUUUUUGGCCCCAAACACCUUGCUUCAUGAAAUCAUUGCAAGGGACAUUUUAUUUUUCACUGUGAAACCAAUAACAAAAACAAGAUCAGAGGAAUCAGGUCAGUAGCUAGUUGUUGAAGCUGAAAUGUCUGGCACCACCUCCUUCAGUGCGAUCUAGAUAUGUCAGCGUUGCAGUGGAUCACAGGGAAUGUUUUGGUUAGGUAGGAUUUUGUCAUGCACUUCACUAAACUGGUGCAAUUCCUUUAGGCUUAGGCUUCUUCUAGGCUGCCUUGGACUCCAUACUGGAGGAAAGGUGGAAUGCAAGUCUAACAAAUCAAUACAUUUUGAUAAGUGGAAGGUGGAAGGAGGUGAAGAGAGAUCUUCCAAUUCCAUGAAUGCAGCUGCAUCUUUAUUUCUUCUCAUUGCUGAAUGUCUGAAUACCAAAAUUUCUUUCCUUGUACCUUUUAAAAAUGCAAAUUCGUUUUUCCAGGUAUAUGAGCAGGCCUGUAAUGAGCGGCCCAGGACUCUAUGAUCCUACAACCAUCAUGAACGCAGAUAUUUUAGCAUAUUGCCAGAAGGAAGGAUGGUGCAAACUAGCAUUUUACCUUCUAUCUUUUUUUUACUACCUAUAUGGGUAAGUCACAAAUUUCAUUUUUAUUUGUUGCAGAACUUUUCAUACUGUCUUUCCAGCAACUCAAGACGGUUGACGAUUUAGGAAAGUAAGAUAGGCAUUAUACAGAAUUUCUUAUUAAGUAUCAAUAGUUGGGUUUUUAAAAAUUACUAAAAGCCCAGGCAUCUCAUACGUGUCUCAAGGUUAUCCAGAAUUCAUCUCAUGACCUGCCUCCUUUUCAGCAGGGGGCGGGUGGAGUUCCAUAAUUGGAUUAGUGUGACUGAGAAGGCCUUGCCCAGAGAGUGCAUGAGAGAUGCCUCUUGAUAAGCUGAGGCCUGGAACAGGGCCUUGCCACUAGAUCCUAAAAAGCAAAGCAGCUCUUAACUAGAAAGCAAAUCCCUACCAUUUAGAUGCAUUUUCUGAAAUUGCUAUCUGACGUGGAAUUUGAGUUGUACAAAACUUCUUUCUUUAAAAAAGUGCCAUGCUCUUCAGGUAGUUUGUUGCUUUAAAAUGUAAGCAAAGUAAAGUUGUGCACAACUGUUGCUUGAAUUGCCAGGAAAGCGUGUUUUUGCUACUGCCACUUGAGUUUGUUUAUUAGAACUGUGCUAGACCUCAACAAAAGAGACAAGUUUGCCAACCAGAGGCACCAAGUUGUGAACGUCUGUGGUGCUUUUGCUGGGGGAUACACAUGUUUUUGUGUUGAGGGCACCAGGCAAUAAAUAACCACUGCAAGCACUUCAUUUAUAAUAGGAGUGAGUGCCAGCGGCACUAACAACUGUGUGCGGAUAUCUACUUCCCUUGUGGUUGCACCACUGAGUAUCUGGCUCUAACUUACAGUGGUACAUAAUGAGCUCAGUGGUAAAGGCUGGACACAGAAGGUACUCCUAGUAUGCAACAAAGCAGAAAUAUUUCUGCUAAAUUUAAAAGAUAUGUAUAUAUUAUUCUGUUUAUCCUUCUUCCAACAGCAUGAUUUAUGUCUUGGUGAGCUCUUAAAAGAUGGCAUCCAGCAGACUUGGUUCCAGCGAAGUGCAUGCAGAAAAGCCACAAGACGAAAGGAUUGUUUUCAAAGAAGAAUCUAGUAUCAAGAUUUAGCAGUGGAAUCUGACGAUCACAGUUGCAACCGGUGGGGGGAAAGACGACUUCUACAUCUUCUUCUCCUGCCCCUUUAAAUUGUGCCCAUACUUUACUACUCAUGGAAAGAUGGUUUCAUUUUCUAAAUUUUACUGGGAUGUUUAAAGUGAUGGAAAUCACAUAUAAAUUAAUGUAAAGCGGUUACCUCUGGCUUUGGACAGUUUUGACCCUGCUCUCCAUAAGGAACAGCCCAUUCCCUCAAUUAUAAUAGUAUUAAUUGCUGUCCUUAGUAUAAUAGAAUUUUGUUUUUGUUCAAUUGACUUUGUAGUGGAUCAUUUGGGUUGUGGACUGCCAUCUAGCUGUCACCUGUAGGUACCAAGUGCUCCUGAAAGACUGAAUGCUUCUCUGUAUGUUAUCUCUUAGGUAACCUCUGUGUGUCUUAUAGAUGAAUACAUGACAACAACUGCAGGAAGAAUUGUAGUUCUAUUUUUUACCGUUUGGAUAUUACCUCCCUAUAAUGUGCAUGGCUCAAACUUCCCAUAUUUACGGCAAACAUUGAAUGCCCCUUGCUUUAAUUUUCUACACUAAGUGGAUGUGGUAGGGGAAGAGGGGAUUACUGGUGAAGAGUAUAUAUUAAAACCACCCUAUAAAAUAAAAAAAAACCUUGUGUAGCGGUCUCAAAUUACCAUACAACCUGGGUCAAGCGUGGUAAUAAAAAUAGUUUGUGAGUCUGCAGGUAGAAUUGCAUACAAUUUGAGACACUUGUUCAACGAGUUUGGGUGAAUAUCCCUGCUGUUCCUUAGUGCAAUACAAUAAAAACUUCAAAGACGGAUGAAACUUUAUUUUCUUCUACUGCUUUGGCUUUUUCAAAGAGCUUUGGAACUGCUGACUUUAGCCAGCCGCUACUAGGUAAUACUGUUCCAGUUUUAAAGGUAACGUGAUAGCUUGAAAAAGGACACCUUCUGCUAAACAGCAGGGCUGCCUUUAGAGCAAAGGUAAUUAGAAGCUAGACCAAUGUCCUUCAGGGGGCAGCAGGUCAGUUUCGAAUGGAUUCUUGCAAAGCCAGACUUCUGGCCUGAUCCUGGAAAAUACUGCGUCUGUUCUUAGGCAGGAGCAAGGACAAGCUAGGCUUUCACGCUAUAAGAGAUUCCAAGUAUGGAGUCUUGGUUUGUAAAUCAAAACACUUUGGCUCUUUAGAGGGGAGGUCAAUCACACCAGACUGUAAUUGGUCACUACUACUGCCUUUUUUUAAGGAUUUUCUUGUUUUACAAAAGUAAGUGUAAUGCCUCGUAUUUUUCCCCCCCAUGUAACAUUUUUACAAAUCCGUUUCAUUUGUUGAGGCAUUGGGGGAG